AUGCCUAAUAACAGCAGUGUAACUAUAUUUAUACUGUUAGGGCUGACACAGGAUCCCCAAAAGCAAAACCUCGUGUUUUUCAUCUUCUUAACUUUCUAUGGAAGCACCGUCGUGGGGAAUACGCUCAUCAUGGUGACCAUCAAGUUCAGCAGGACACUCGGCAGCCCCAUGUACUUCUUCCUGUUUUAUUUGUCCCUUGUUGAUUUCUGCUUCUCCACAUCCAUAGCUCCCAGGCUCAUUGUGGAUUCCCUCUCCACAAAGAAAAUCAUUUCCUACAACGAGUGCAUGACCCAAGUCUUUGCACUGCAUCUAUUUGGUUGCAUGGAGAUCUUUAUCCUCAUCUUUAUGGCUGCUGAUCGCUAUAUAGCCAUCUGUAAGCCCUUACGCUACUCAGCCAUCAUGAGAAGACAGGUCUGUGUCAUCUUGACUGUGUUUGCCUGGACUGGGUCUUUCAUACAUGCCUCUUCUCAGAUUGUCUUGCUGGUAAAAUUGCCCUUCUGUGGACCCAAUUUAAUUGACCAUUAUUGCUGUGAUGUGCAGCCCUUGUUGAAACUUGCUUGCACGGACACUUACAUGGUCAACCUAAUGAUCGUGUCCAACAGUGGAGCACUUUGUUCAUGCAGUUUCUUGAUUUUGAUGAUCUCAUAUUUUGUCAUCUUGCAUUCACUGAGAAAUCACAGUGCAGAAGGGAGGAAGAAAGCUCUCUCCACUUGCUCUUCUCACAUCCUUGUAGUUAUAAUAUCCUUUGUUCCUUGUAUAUUCAUGUAUACACGUCCUCCAACCACGUAUUCUGUGGACAAGAUGGUGACAGUGUUUUAUACCAUUGGCACACCCUUUCUCAACCCACUGAUUUACACACUGAGGAAUGCAGAGGUGAAAAAUGCCAUGAGAAAGUUAUGGAAUGUUAAAACCAUGACCAAUUGA